AUGGUUGCUGUUCAUCAAAUUCUGACCGAGGUCACUCAUGUCGUCAUUCGCGCUGCCGCCGCGGAGGAUCCCUCGUCGACGACCUCUCACGCAGCUGCCGAGACGACAGACAGCGGAAAUGAGAAGAAAGACAACGGAGGCGGGUCGAACUCACCUCUUCUCUUCUUUGUUGCUCUAGGCUUCGGUGUUGUCUUCACAAACUUAUGGAUCAUCGUUGGUGUUAAAUACUGCUUCCGUUAUAACGCUCGAAAUCGACAAAUGCAAAUGAAUGAAGAUGGCGAACCUAUCACCCUUGAAAACAUGCCUCGACCUCAUCGAAGACGCCGCGAGAAGAAGUUGAUGACUAUGGACGAAGUCAACGACAAGUUCCCGAUGAUGAAGUACAAAACAUGGGUUUCCGAUCGCGCAAAGGAGGGUCUUCCCACAACUGGUGGCGUUUCUGCACCUCCUACUCGACCUAACAGCAUUCGAGAGGCGGAUGGAAUUGUGCCAGACUUUUCAGCAAAGGUACGCGAUUCGACCGACGAGCAACCGGCGACCACCGCGCCAAAGACGAAUGGACUGGGAGAGACAACGGGAGCAAGCAACGCCCCCGAAAUAUCGGCACCCGAAAUUACUGCCACAGCUGUUGUGCCCGAGACUGAGAAGCCAAAGGAUACACCCAAGACAACUGAAGGCCAAACCUCAACCGAACAAACAGCAAACAACAACCGACUUCAGCGAAUCUCUAGUGAGGAGACCGACGAUGACGAUGACCACAUUGAUGGCGCUCUGCCACCCGAGUGCCUCGAAAACCCUGGUGAUACAUGUGCUAUUUGCAUUGACACACUAGAAGACGAUGACGACGUUCGCGGAUUGACUUGUGGCCAUGCUUUCCAUGCCGUCUGUGUUGACCCUUGGCUGACAAGCCGACGAGCUUGCUGCCCGCUUUGCAAGGCCGACUACUAUGUUCCCAAGCCAAGGCCGGCUCCCGAUGCUGCCAACGAAGCGGGUGCCAACAAUGGUUCAAGCUUUGAUCCGCGGAAUAACCCACGCUUUGGUCUCCCUGCCGCGAUCCGCUCUGCAUGGAUCAGGGGUCCCCGCAGUGGCCGCAACGGAACUCCAGCCCCCGCCAGUCGACGUCGGACGGGAGACGCUGUAGCUGAGCUGGAGCCUGUUCAACAGCCAGAACAGGCUCACCAAGCACCAGAAGUUACCCAAACAUCAAACGGUAGUGUCUUGUCAUCUGUUCGAGGUGCUCUACGUUUCGGCCGGAGGCGACAAGCACAAGAUAACCAAAAUGGUUCUGAGACUGUAACACCAUCACAACUCGAAGCGGCAAAUCGCACACCAGCUUCCACGUAA